GUCGCCUGAUACCUAGUCAAAACCUAAAAAAAAAAAGAAAAACAAAUCUUCCCUCCCCAUCCCUUGCUCCAUCUGCUCCGCCGCCCGCUCCUGCUCCGUCGCCGCCUCCGUGCGCUCAUCUGCCUCCUCUACUGGCGCCAACGGCCGGCCCCAGCCGUUCUUCUGCCGCCCGCCGCUCCUCCUCGUCCUCUCACAGCGCUCGGCGCGUUCUCUAAUCCCCGAUACACCGCAGCCAUCGCAGUCCGCAGCUGGUCGCCGCCCACCAACCGCCGGCGUCCUUCCAGCUUCCAGUAGCUUCUCCCCGCCUCGCCUAGGUCACGGGAUCGCCGUCCGGGCGUCGGGCGGUCGCUGACUCGCCAUAUCCUCCCCGACUCCCAGGUCAAAAUUUUGGUUGCCAAAAGGAAUCUUGUCAACUCUACACACAUCUCCUCACAAAUCUUGCCAACUUUUUGGCAAACAAUGGGCCAACAAAUCCUUAGCCAAUAUAUUGGCUAGCCAAUUGUUGGCAAAAAUUGGUAGGGCAAGAAUAGGUAAGAAGCAAACACACCCCCAGUACGGGAACAAACCCCCCCGACUCCGGCAGCCCCUAAAUUGGUAGUCUCAUUGUCCCAACUCUUCUCUUCUCUCUCUCUCUCCCAAACUUGUGUUCGUUGAUGUUAUUUCUUCUAUUUAGUUUAUUAGAGCUUCUGUAGUUUAUUGUACAAAUAAAAUGAAUGUGUCAUGGAUUGAUGAUUCCCUAUUACUCUUCAUAAUUUGUUGUUUCAAUUUACUUUUACAGAGGGACAAGAAGAAUAACAUAAAAAUUGAAUAUGAUUGUUGUCUUUUGCUAGGUACUAGUACUAACUCCAUUCCAAAAUGUAGGGCAUAUAACUUUUGUUGACUAUCAAAUUUGUUAAAGUUUUACUAAGUUUAUAGCAAAAAAUAUCAGCAUAUGGUUUCAAACCAAGAUACUAUGGAAUAUAUUUUACAAUGUACCUAAUGAUCUCGAUUUGGUACCCUAUAGUUUGACAUUUUUUGUUCUAAGAUUGGUCAAACUUUAGAAAACCUAAGAGUCAACAAAAGUUAUACACACUAUAUUUUGGAAUGGAGAGAGUACCAUAGUAGUUGGACCAUUGAAUAUUAUGUUCAAAAUUAUUAUCAAUAAUGUCGGACAUUUUUUGGUUUAAUUUUUUUUGGCUUGGGAAAUCAGCAAUUCCUGGCUCUGCCGUUGCUCCCCAGUCUUCCUGUCCCCGGCUUCUCGAGCACCGGCGCCGCCCCCAAGCUCCACGAGUUCCAGCUGUACCCCCAUCCUCCUCCGUAAUCUCUCUUGAAAUUCGCCAAACUGCGAAAGGACCACCCGUGAGAGCCGACGAGAUUGCUCUUGGUGGUAGGCGAAUCUCUCGGCUGCCCUUAUCAGGGCGCAGGUUGGAGCUGCGGACCAACUUUUGGUCGCUUACUGUUAAGGUCAUUGAAAGCGCCAACAAGUUAAAAGGAGCGGAGGAACCUAGCGGUGUUCUCAGAGGAGCCCAAAAUGCAUGGGAUCUGCUCUCUGAUGAGCAAUCGCAGAAACACAUCACUACUGGUUCUGGUGACCUCAACAGCAUACUUGGUGGAGGGAUUCAUUGUAAAGAAGUUACUGAGAUUGGUGGUGUUCCAGGAGUUGGCAAAACUCAAUUGGGGAUUCAGCUAGCAAUCAACGUCCAAAUUCCAGUGGAAUAUGGUGGCCUUGGCGGGAAAGCAGUUUAUAUCGAUACAGAGGGCAGUUUCAUGGUUGAACGUGUUUAUCAAAUCGCCGAAGGUUGUAUCAGUGACAUAAUGGAGUACUUCCCAUACCGCCAUGACAAGGCUUCAUCUGGCCGAGAACAUCUGCAGCCUGAGCGUUUUCUAGCAGACAUCUAUUACUUCCGAGUAUGCAGCUACACUGAACAGAUUGCGGUGAUAAACUAUUUGGAGAAGUUCCUCGGAGAACAUAAAGAUGUGAGAAUAAUUAUAAUUGAUAGUGUUACUUUCCACUUUCGACAAGAUUUUGAUGAUCUAGCUCUGAGGACCAGAGUACUCAGUGGAUUAUCACUGAAGUUGAUGAAACUUUCAAAGACAUAUAACGUAGCGGUUGUCUUGUUGAACCAAGUCACUACUAAAUUUACAGAAGGGUCAUUUCAGUUAACUCUUGCUCUAGGUGACAGCUGGUCCCACUCGUGCACAAACCGGCUGAUUCUGUACUGGAAUGGGAACGAGCGAUGCGCAUACCUGGAUAAGUCCCCUUCGCUUCCGGUAGCUUCAACGCCUUACACAGUGACAAACAAAGGGGUGAGAGACACCGUCAAUUCAAACUGCAAGCGAGUCCGGGUAAUGUAGCAUUUACCAUAUCAAAGUAGUUUCUGGAGGAAAAGAGAAGUUUGCUGCUUUGGUCGCAUCCAAUCAUCCAAGGCUUCUUCCAGAAAAGAAAAGAAAAAUCAAGUCUUAUUCCAGAAAAGAAAAGAAAAAUCAUCCAAGGCUCCUGUGGCUUCUGUCCCAACAUGUAACAACUAUGCCAUAUGGCAGCAAGUGUAUCUGCAAUUCCGUGGCGAAUGCUGAUUUGAGAAAUAUGCGGGCAACUUUUCGUCACAAGAAAUUAACAAGUUUUUUUUGUCAGUUUUCUUUGGCAAGCCAUCACUUGUGCCGUUCGAGGAAUUGCUGGUCUUGAAUCUAUUUAUAGAUUGCACACAGUUUUCUUGAAUUACAAUAACCUUUCUAACCAGUGGAUUGACAUCUGACCAUCAUUCUCUGCGCCUCAUUCUAUAUGUAAAGUAAACAGAAUUCGUGGUUGUGUUUU